CAUCGUCGUGAGAACACGUUUCGACGCGGCUACACUUAUCCGGAUCAAAACAAUAGAUAAAGUGAUCGUAUAUAACGAAACCAUAUGAGAAAUACGAUUUAAAAAGCUUACGUUUACCGUUGUGUUCAAAACUAAUAACAAUAGGUGGUCGUAACAACUAACAAUGCCUGCAGAAACGGAAGCUUUGUCUAAAGUUGUGUUUCGUGAUAUCACCAACGAUGUGUCCCAACACAUGCUGUCAGACGUGUCCAAGUUGCCCGGAGUACAACUGGGGGACUUUCUGCUUCAGUUUGAGUUGGAAGAACCCAAAGAGUCUGUGAAGGAGAUUGCCAGGAGAGAGCUUAGAGAGACACCUGACAUUGUUGAACCUGCAGUACAAGAGUUGAGGAGACUGUUAGAAGAAGAAAAAGACCUCCACGUUCCAUUGGACAGAGAUGCCUGGCUCAUCAGAUUUCUUCGCCCUUGCAAGUUUUACCCAGAAAGUGCCCUCGAAUUGAUCAAACGAUACUACAGCUUUAAAGUGAAGCAUCACAAGCAUUACGAGGGUCUGACACCCAGUAAGGAGCAGAACAUCUUCAACCAGAACAUUCUGAAGGUUCUUCCAACGCGCGACCAACUGGGCCGCCGAGUAUUGGUGCUAGAACUUGGCACUAAAUGGAACCACAACAAGUGCACGCUGGACGAGGUGUUCAAGGGCUGCGUGCUGUUCCUGGAGGCUGCCAUGUUGGAGCCGGAGACUCAGAUCUGCGGCGCCGUCGUCAUCUUCGACAUGGACGGUCUCUCACUCCAGCAGUGCUGGCAGUUCACGCCACAGUUCGCCAAGAGGAUUGUGGACUGGCUGCAGGAAGCCAUACCCCUGCGCAUCAAAGGUUUCUACAUCAUCAACCAGCCCUACAUCUUCAACAUGGUGUUCCAACUGUUCAAGCCCCUUCUGAAAGAGAAGCUGCGUUCCCGGAUUGUAUUCAUGGGAAACGACAAGGAACUGCUGCACAAACACAUCAGCGCUAAGAAUCUUCCAGAAAAAUACGGCGGCAGCCUGGCGAUCCCUGACGUGACCGGCGCGCAAUGGUUGGAGCUCCUGUUGCACUGUGAUAAGGAAUUUCAAGCUAUCAACUCGUACGGAUACAAGACAACGGAUUAAUGCAGCAACAUUCAAACAAUAAUCUAAAUGUGAUAUUAAAUUUAACAUGAGGUGCUCUAGAUAUCUCGAAUUUUGAAAAGGUAAUAAUCAUUUAGUAAGUAAGUUUGUAGAAUAUUUUGUAUUAAUAAAAGAAAUUAUAUUUAUAGUACUCACUAUACCCGAGCUAGGUUAUCAGCUUAGAUCGUUUAUACGUCUAGUUUCUAGAUAGGUUGGUUGGCUGUUAACCUCUAUUUUGAGCAAUGCACGUACACUUACACAAAGUGACAUACAAAUCGCGAGUGUAAGAUGUAGCUUGUCACGCACUCUAAAGUAAUAAACCUGGCCUGUUUUUAUCGGUUUUUUAGCAGUAAGAGCUCUAUCUGGACGUAUAAAUUAUCUUGGUUAUUAAUUUUAAAUUUAACAUACUAAAAACUAUGAAUCUACUUAGAUUUGUAGUUAAACUACGGUUAAGGUAUGUAAGGCCUGUUUUCUGAUAGACUGGGCGAAACUCAAUUUUAUUUUUUAUAUUAUAAUUAUUACUGACGCUAUAUUGAAAUAAUAUUUGAUCAUAAACAUUUAUUUAUAUUCCUUUUAUUUAGUACUUUCAUAAUAUAUAUAAUAAUUGAUUGACCAAUCAAACAGCUUCUGUAUUUAUUUAUCUAUCUAUUUUAAACAUUUCUUAAGCAGAUUACCUAUUAUGUAAUGAUAAUUUUACAUACUGAGAACGAAUUUCAACACUAAGUUGGCACUUAUUAAAAUAACCUUUUAUCAUUGGCUUACGAUAAAUAACUUGUCUCCCAAUCGCCUAUAAAAGAUAGUAAAAACUUUUAUAUUUAGCGUUUUAUACACGUAUACAUUUACUUAAUAAUAUUUAAUUACUUAUAUACAGAACUAAACUAAACAUUCAUUCAAAUUAAUACCUUAUUUCGUGCCAGUAAUGUUCAAAUUCUAUUUAUCUAAUCUUUGCGUGGCCAUUGUAUUUAAAGCGCGGUAGAAAUACAUCGGAACGAAAACUCUGCCUAAUAGACGCGUAGGUAGAGUUUCGAUACAGACAACUUUUGGCCGUGUUUGUGAGCCUUGUUGUUUAUUGUACGUCAAUAUCUUUUAUUAAUUAUAUUAUAUAUUUGACACACAUCUGUUUAACUCAUAUUUUAUUAAAGUAUUCUUGUAAUAAUAAGAUUUAUAUUAAAUCUUGCGUGUUGACUCCGCCUGAAGCUGUAACACUCAGCCACAUAUCUGUGUGUCAUCUAUAUGUUGAUUUAACGCUUGCCAAUAAAUAAACGAAUCUAAAAUGGCAGUCGCAUGAGUCACUCUCACUCGCACAUGUUAAGGGCCGCGUCCAUCAGUUCGCCAAGUCAUGUCGAAGCGUGCUUCAUUGAAUUGACCGCGCGAGUUGCUCGACAGGCGAAUUACUAUUUACUCCACAGAUGCGAUUCGGUUCGACUCGGCGCGCCUCACACGACGCAGAGUAUUUUAUUAUUUCUGCAAAUAUGUAGUUAGCGUCAAAAAGAUAAGCGUAACCUGAUUGUUACACAUACUUUGUGAAUCGAUUUAUAUGGUUACGAUGGGUGUUGCCAUGUUUUUGAAUACAAUGGGUGACGUUGACUGUAUCUAUCGUUUGAAAAUUCAUAAAUUAAAAAAAUCUUUUAUUGGAACGAAGUUCCUUACGUAAGAAAAAAUCCGUGGAAAAAAGUGCGUGGAAUAAAACCGUUAAAUGAGACGUGUGCAGGCGCGACAGUCGCAUACACAAGCGAGUAGUGUAUAUAUUAUCAAUAUUAUUAUAUUAAUAUAUGAUAACGAUUAUAGCAAUAUUAGAACGAUUUUUUUUGCAAUUUGUGUCGAUUCUACAUUAGCCGAAGGAACUUCGUUCCUACCUGGUGUCCCACGACACCACAUCAUUUUUUUUAAAUAAAAAUGAAAGUAAACUGUUGAUAUUACUGGUCCAACAAAGCUACGGACUUGUUCAAUCAUGAACAUCCACAUUAUCACGAUCACCAGAAACGGAUGAAUAUACAGAAAGAACGACCUAAGUUGCGAUAAAUGCGAUUCGUUUCAAUUCGAUGCGUUUCUGCUGCACCUAUACUCGACGCUGGGCUUAACAUCACAUAGGUAUCUGCCGUCCAUAUUUCGCUGUCAGACUCACCUGUAUCACGGCCAUUUUGGUUUCGUUUCAUUAUUGGCACUGUUUAUAGAAUUAAAUAAUAAAUUUCUUAAUCGUAGGUACUUAAAAUCCAUAUAUAGUGUCCGUUGACAACGGUCCCACAAAUUUGCUCAUGUAGAAUUGUGUGGUUAGAAAUAGAUUUGUUCAUAAAUAUACUCCUUGCAUUCCUCAUGCUAACACCUAUAUAAAAAACAUUAAAUAGUUGGAUCUUAGCUCAUUUAUACAUCUAGAUAGACUGUGACAGUUGUGAAAACGUCGAAAAAAAUUGAGUAUGUUGAGCAUAACAUAGCUUGACACGCACACUAAAGCUAUAAACCUGGCCUGUUUUCAUCGGCUCUAUCUAGACGAAUAAAAUAUCUAAGAGUUGUAUAAUCCGUUUUAUAUAGAAGGCUGUGAUAAUGAAUAACUGGCGAAGAGUACAUUAAUUUUUUUUAAUUCCAUUUAAACAAUAUAAUAUAUAUACUUAACUAAAAUAAUAGAAAUUUUUAUUUGUGCGUGCAUCACGGAACAGCUACUGAAUAGUUUUCAAUUAAGUCUUCAAAGUAUUAUUCCUUAGACUUUGGCCCUUAUGAAAAAAAAAAUAUUGCGAUAUCUUCAUUAAAUAAAAAGUUAUAAAUUGUUUAAAAAUCAACGUUUUUUAUAAGGCCUAUGUGCUCGUUCAUGUGUGUAUGCAAAUGAAGUCACGGGUAGGGGCUAGUUUUGAAAUAAAAAAAAAACUUAUCAAAUUACUAUUAAUUUUAUUAGGUUUUGUAAUAUUAAUUUGGUGUAAUUUAUAAAAGUAUCAUUAAUAUUUAAACUCGUUCAUAUGAGAUUCUGUACUGAUUAGGAGUAAUAAAUAUUAUGUCACCCCGUAAUAUAUAUAUUAUAUUAUAUUAACAAUAGAUACUGUAACCAUACCAAUGUUCUCUACUCUUUUUAUUUUAUGGUUUUUAACGAAAGAUCAAAAUUAUUUUGAAAUAAGAACAACAUCAAUAUGACCUGUGUCCCUCUGUUUCGAUAUUACGAGAAACUUCUUUAUCAACGUAUGAUAGAAAUUUUGAAGCAAAUCGUUACGAUUUUCGGUCACGCGCCAUCUUGUUUUUGUUGAUAACUGUGUCAUUUAAAGUUUAUUAAAUACACUGGUUAUUCCAAUUGAAUUUUUCAAGUGAAACUUCUAUUUCCACGUAUGGCAGACUAAAAAAAAAAAUUAAGUAAUUACAUUAUUAAAUUAGGUCCUAAGCUAAUUUUACCUCUUAUUAUUAUUUUAUAUAUAUUUAUUGUGUGAUAUUCCUGUUAAUGAGGUGAACAUAUAAAACUACGAGUAAACUUCGAGUGCAGUAUUUAUACUGCAGCAACACUCAUUAUUAUAAAUAUAUUAAAUUUAUUUAUAAGUUUUUAGUUUAUAAGUGGCCUAAAAUCUAUAUAUUAUAUCACGAAUAAGUAUUUAGUUAAUAGAAAUAUGCCUUGGCUUGCCAAAAUAUAAUAAUAUAGUCCUCGCGACCCUUGACUAAAUAAUGUCAGCGUUACUGAUUGGAGGAAUAUAGUAGCGUUUAGAUGACGUGACAGCCCGAUCAUGUUAUGUUUAUGUUAGCUGGCGACUGAUUGUUGAUGACUUGUCAAUCAAAAUCGGUCAUAGUAACAAUAUAUUCGCUUUCCU